AUGGCUUCUGUUCGGUUGUCCAGGUCUCAGAGAUUCUUCAAGAACUUAUCUCUGGUCCUCCUGAGUGGAUCCGUCCCUCUGCUCCUGUGGGCCGCUCUCAGACGCCCGCCGGGCUCUGACAGGAGUCCUCUCCCCGUUCUGGACCUCCUGCCCCCGGACUACGCUGCCGACUUGCCGGCCUGCUCAGCCAUCAUCCAGGGAGACCUGGAGGGUCUGGAGAGGAAGCAGCUCAGCGUCCUGCUGAAGACCAUGAAGAAACAGCAGCUGCUGUCAGAGGCCUUCUACCACAACGUGACUCAGGACUGUCAGAGGUACGUCACAGAAAGAGAGUUCAUCACCGUUCCUCUCAGUCAGGAGGAGAAGGAGUUCCCCAUCGCCUACUCCAUGGUCAUCCACGACAAGAUUGAGAUGUUUGAGCGGCUUCUGCGUGCCCUGUACACUCCUCAGAACGUGUACUGCGUCCACAUCGACCAGAAGUCCUCGGAGGCCUUCAGGACGGCAGUGAGGGCUAUCGUGUCCUGUCUGACUAAUGUGUUUGUGGCCAGUAAGUUAGAGAGUGUAGUAUACGCCUCCUGGUCCAGAGUGCAGGCCGAUCUGAACUGUAUGGAGGAUCUCCUGAAGUCACCUGUCCAGUGGAGGUACCUGAUCAACACCUGUGGAACAGACUUCCCCAUUAAGACCAACGCUGAGAUGGUUCAGGCCCUCAAGCUGCAGAACGGGAGGAACAGCAUGGAGUCAGAGACCACCGACGACUAUAAAAACAGCAGAUGGCAGUUUCACCACAAAAUCACCAGCAACAUGGUGGUCAAGACGAACGUUAGGAAGAGCCCUCCUCCAAUCAGCACCCCCAUGUUUUCUGGCAACGCCUAUUUCCUGGUGUCCAGGGCCUUUGUUCGUCACGUGAUGAAGUCUCAGGAGGUCCGGGCGCUGUUGGAGUGGGAGAAGGACACCUAUAGUCCUGAUGAACACCUGUGGGCCACCCUGCAGCGCAUGCCCUCUGUGCCAGGCUCUAACCCUCCGCACAUCAAGUACCAUGAAUCAGACAUGAACGCCAUUGCGCGCAUUGUGAAGUGGCGUUCCCUGGAAGGAGAUGUGAGGAACGGAGCCCCAUAUCCACCCUGCUCGGGUGUCUACAGGAGGUCCAUUUGUGUCUACGGGGCUGGAGAUCUCAGGUGGCUCCUACAACAUCACCACCUCAUCGCUAACAAGUUUGACCCUGAGGUGGAUGAUGUGGCUAUCAGGUGUCUGGAGUCGUACCUGCGCUUCAAAGCCACAGACCGUGUUUCACGAAGGACAGUGGAAUCUGAGAGGAUCUUACAAAAACAAUGAAAUGUUAA